AUGAAAGAAGAGAAUUAUGACUUGUUCGUGAAGAUAUUGUUAGUGGGUGAUUCUGGUGCUGGUAAAACUUGUUUGAUUUUACGAUACACUGAUGAUGAAUAUAAUGACACUUAUCAAAGCACCAUUGGUGUUGACUUUAAAAUCAAAACCAAAGUAAUGUCAAAUUCUAAAGUGGCCAAAAUGCAAUUAUGGGAUACAGCUGGUCAGGAACGAUUCAACAGCAUUGUUGUCUCCUACUACAGAGGAGUGAAUGGUAUACUCGUUGUUUUUGAUUUGACCAACGAAACCAGUUUCCAAAACACCACCAAAUGGGUUCAACAAAUUAAAUCCAAUGCUCAAGAAAAUACACUCAUUGCAUUGGUAGGAAAUAAGAGUGAUAUGGUUCACAGAAGAGUAGUUGACCGUAGUCGAGCAGAAGAAUUUGCUAAAAAGUUAAAUAUUCCAUACUUUGAAGCCUCGGCCAAAGAUGGCACUGGUGUAAAAGAACCUUUCGACAAUAUGCUUGAUCGUUUAUAUCAAGCUGGAAAUUAUGCAGAGAGUGAAUUUAAUAGAAGAAAGAAUACAGCAGGAUCUAGCUCUGGAACUGUCAAUUUGAACGCACCUGUUAAUCAUCCUGGCGCAAGUUCAUCAGGGAAGACAUCAAACAGUAGCAGUGGUGGUGGAUGUGGAUGUUAA